UUGACAAUGGCCCGUACCAAGCAGACCGCUCGUAAAUCCACCGGUGGUAAAGCGCCCCGCAAACAGCUCGCCACCAAGGCGGCCCGCAAGAGCGCGCCCGCCACCGGCGGCGUCAAGAAGCCCCAUCGUUACAGGCCCGGCACCGUCGCCCUCCGUGAGAUCCGUCGCUACCAGAAGAGCACUGAGCUUCUGAUCCGCAAGCUGCCCUUCCAGCGUCUGGUGCGUGAGAUCGCUCAGGACUUCAAGACCGAUCUGCGCUUCCAGAGCUCUGCCGUUAUGGCUCUCCAGGAGGCCAGCGAGGCUUACCUCGUCGGUCUCUUCGAGGACACCAACCUGUGCGCUAUCCACGCCAAGCGUGUGACCAUCAUGCCCAAGGACAUCCAGCUGGCUCGCAGGAUCCGCGGUGAACGUGCCUAA